AUGGGGCGCCGCAACACAAACGAGUUCGCGACGACGGCGACGCGGAAGCCUCUCCGAGUUGUUGCGAACGGCACCCUUUUCCUUACCACCAACCUCGGGCUCCCCACCCACCCCGAGCCCAACGCGGCCGUUCGCGCCCACUCGGUUGCCCGAGUGCGGGGCGGUUCCGCAAGUACAUGCCUGUCCAUCGUCGCCCAGUUUCCUGCAGUCGAAGCCCAUCUCGUGGCGCCGCUCGGAGGAAACGAAGAGGGUCGUCAAAUCAUCAAGGAGCUGGAAGCGGAACGGGUCACCACACGAUACUGUAAGGUGUGGCCGGAGUCGGGAGUGCCCAGCGCGUGGGUGCUACAUGCAGACGAUACCGACAGUCGCACCGUGAUUAACAACAAUCCUCUCCCCGAUAUCACCCACGAGGAGUUCAUCUCUCUCACAGGCCCGCUGCUUGUGCCCGAGAACUAUCAAUUUCUCAACGGACCACCCGUCUCUCCACCUCCUGCCCCCAUUCAGCAAUUUCCUGUUGGAAGCGUCUCUGGUGCUACAGGCCCACGGCCAUCAACAUCAGGUUCUGGUGGCCCCAAUGCUCAACAAACAUCGCGUAUACCCAUCCCCAAUAGCCCUGCACCCAUCGACUGGAUUCACUUCGAAGGCCGAUCGGUGAAGACGACGCUCAACAACGUCAUGGGCCUCGACGGACUCGCGCGCGAGCGCAAAUGGCGAAGUCAUUGUGUUUUCAGCCUCGACGUCGGUCGACGCGCACGCCAGGGCGUGGAAGCGCUCAUGCCGCAUGUGGACGUCAUCUUUCUCAACAGGCACUACGCGUGCGCGCUCUCGUCGCAGUACGCCUCCGCGCCGCGCGCGUUCCUGCUCGCGCUCGCCGGGCAGGCACCCCCGCACGCGCUGCUCGUCGCGCACUGGGGCGCGGACGGUGCCGCGGUGCUCUCCGUGCCGACUCGCGAGUACUUCCAAGCCUCGGCGUGGGCAGAGCCCGCGGUGCCUACCCCCGCGCCCGCGCCGCCAGACCCGGCGUCGCUCUCGCGCGCGAGCGGGCUGCCGCUCACGGGCGACGUGCAGUCUGUCCGGUCCGGAAGCGACUACUUCGCAGGCGGGCACCAGACGGACACGUCGAGCAUGUUCACCGCCGACCUCCUCAGGAGCCCGCCGCCACCACCGCAGCCGCGAGAACAGGAUGCGCGCCCGGGCCCAAGCCAGAAGGAACGCCAGAAGGAACGACAGAGGCAGAAGCAGAAGCAGAAGGAGCGCCGCCAGGAGUCGGACUCAGACUCGGACUCGGACGGCACGCAGAUCGCGGGUCAGGGCGGCGGCGUGAGACCAGCUCUGGACGCGGCGGCACGGGCACGGGCGGCGCAAGCUCAGCAAAGCAAGGAGAUGUUGGACGAAGUGGGUGCGCACGAUGCGUUCGUGGCGGGGAUGAUGUGGGCGUUGACGAGGAGGCUACUCCCUGGGGAGCCGUAUACCCCCGCUGCGAGACAGGGUGGCUCACAGGCGUUGGACAUGGACGGGAAGGGAAGAUGGAGGCUCGAGGAGUGCUUGAGGUUCGCUACAGAGUUGGCUGGGAGGAAGGGUAGACGCAAAGGGUGGGCCGGUCUCGCUAACGAGAUGCUCAGCGCCGGCUGGUUUGAAGCGUGA